AUGGUCACUGCUGAUGCUCACCACGACAUACUAGCUGCGAAAGAUACCAUUGGUAUGAGAAUACAGGAGCCUGCUUUUAAAGGAAAUUCCUACAUUGCGUAUUCUGGUAUGCAGGAGGCAAUGAGAAACAUACACCUCAGUGUUAUGUUCUAUGCAAGAAGUCUGACAGAUGGCUUGAUUUUAUUUAAUGGUCAGUUAUAUAGUGGAAGAGGAGAUUUCAUAUCACUAGCGAUAAAAGAUGGUGUUGUAGAGUUGAGAUAUGAUAGCGGUUCAGGAACUGCUAUAAUCAGAAGUAACCAGAAUAUCACCAUGGAUACCUGGCACACAAUAGUAGCCACACGGAAAGAACAAGAGGGCUCUUUGAGCGUUAACAAUGAAGAGGAUGUCGUAGGUCGUUCCCCUGGUGAUUCCAGAGGUCUGAAUCUUCGCUUACCCCUAUAUAUUGGUGGGCAUGAAGAGUAUGGUGAUUUGCCGAGUCGUGUUGCCGUGCAAGGCGGAUUAAUUGGCUGUAUUAGUGAGGUUGAAAUCGACACCGUUCCUCUAGACCUAAUUGGUUCAUCAUUGUCAAGUGCUAACAUUGAAAACUGUGAAGAUUCAUUGCCAUGUGAAAGAGACCCUUGUAAAAAUGGUGGCACAUGUUCACCAGUGAGUGCAUCGGAAUAUGAGUGUUUAUGUACAGUAGGAAAGUUCACAGGUCGGUAUUGUGAAACACCCAUCAAUCCAUGUGUGGAUCGUGAUCCGUGUCUAAACGGUGGAUCAUGUCAACCGAUUGGAGCAGAUUAUAAAUGCAAUUGUGCAUUACGUUAUGGUGGUAAAAACUGUGAAGGCACCGCGGUAUUUGAGUAUGGUGCAAGUUUUAACUCUGAUGGUUUUCUUGCAUAUCCAAGACAUAUAGUACCACGGGGUAAAGGUAGUACAGAAGAAAUAAUUACUUUGACUUUUAAAACAUCGACAGAAAAUGGCCUUAUAUUCUGGCAGGGGCAGAAAGAAGGCAUCUCUGGUAGAUCACAUGACUUUGUUGCCCUUGGUGUAAGAGAUACUUUAUUAGAAUUUAGUUACCAACUAGGGAGUGGUGAAGCCAAUAUCUAUUCCAAUAAAAGAGUAAAUGAUGGUGAAUGGCAUACUGUGAUACUUAGAAGAACUGCCAAAGACGGUUCAAUGACAUUGGAUGGUAAGACCACAGUAACUGGCCAAUCAGGUGGCAGUUUACUGAGUCUUAAUGUCAAAGGUAGUUUAUAUAUAGGAAGCACUCCAGAUAUGGAAACGUUGACUGGGGGUAAAUACAAUACUGGAUUUGUAGGAUGUGUAUAUAACCUUGUAAUUCAAGUUGGUAAUCAGCCUGAGAAAAGGAUCCAUCUACUUACUGAAGCUGAAAAGGGAGUCAAUGUUCUCGAUUGUGCAUCGCAGCCGUAA